AUGGCUACCAGCGGCACUACUUAUGGUCCUGAUGGCAGUGGCCGAAAUGACGAUGAAGAAAUUCAAGAUACUAGCUCCCGCCGGAGUGCCUCGGAGACACUCGCUACUGUUGCCAUCGUUGUAAGUCAGCCUGACACCGCGCCCGGCAUCGAUCCCACCACGGAGACGGUCGAUCCAACUGCUGAUCCUGUUAUCGAGCCUACGGGCAACAACACUGUCACCAGCACCGUCACCCACACUGGUGACAAUGUAGUUAACCACUCCGGUAACUGCACUGGCGAUAACGCAGUGAACACUAGCAUCACCCACAGCGGUAACCACGCCAGCCACACUGGUGGUCACACCAAUCACGUUGUCACCGUCAAUAUCACCGUCAGCAACACGAUUGCUCCAAGCUAG